AACUCGGACCAAAGCCAAUGUAGAGACUAUGUCUGUCUAAGUUUGGCUUUUGUCUCAUCACAAUGAAAAUUCUUUAGAAAUUCAUUCUUCCGAUUCCCAAUUUUCAUCAAUAUCAGGAUGAGAACCUUUUCUCACAAGGUGUUGGAUUAUAGGCUACUUAGCCAUGCCAAAACUAUUACCCUCUGUGUUACUACAAUUGCUGCUAUAUUCUUUAUUUUUUCUGCAGAUUGUGUUGUCUCUAAGUUUUAUCUGCAAUCUUCUGCCAUUGAAAUUGAUGAAGUUUCAGAUGUUCUUCAGAUUCAUUCAACUGAAAAAACAAUCAAGUCAACUGUUUUUGGCUUACCAUUUCGUUCUACACAGGGAGAGAACAAAGAAGUUCUUAGUGCAAAUCAGAAUUCUCUAAUUCCUCCCUUCAAUGUCUCAGAAGAAGAAAGAAUUGAGUGGUUCAGGAAAAAGAUUCCAGAAUUUGAGAUUUUCAAGUCCAACAACUUGUCUAAGAAAUUUCACAGUCGAAUUCAGACAUUUUUCGACGAUAAAUGUGAGGUUCAAUUUUUCAUGACAUGGAUUUCACCGGCAGAAUCCUUUGGAAGAAGAGAUUUCUCGGCCAUGGAGAGCCUAUUCAAAGUCCACCCUCAUGGAUGCUUAGUGAUUCUAUCAGGAGCUUUGGAUUCCAAACGAGGCUACAGGAUGCUGAAACCACUAGUUGAUCGCGGGUUCAAAGUUACUGCAGUUGCACCUGACUUGGCCUCUCUGGUCAAGAACACCCCAGCAGAAUCUUGGUUUAACGAGAUGAAAAGUGGGAACAAAGAUCCUGGCGAAAUUCCAUUAGCUCAGAAUCUUUCUAAUCUUAUUAGACUCGCAGCUUUAUUCAAGUAUGGAGGCAUCUACCUGGAUACAGAUUUCAUCGUCCUAAAAAGUUUCACAGGAUUGAGAAAUUCAAUUGGAGCACAAAGUAUUGAUGUGGCGUCCAAAAACUGGACCAGAUUGAAUAAUGCAGUUAUGGUCUUCGAUAGUAAUCAUCCGCUUCUAUUCAAGUUCAUACAGGAAUUUGCUGCAACUUUUGAUGGAAAUAAAUGGGGUCACAAUGGACCCUACCUGGUCUCCAGAGUAGUUGAGAGAGUGGCUGGAAGACCCGGAUAUAACUUUACAGUCUUGCCGCCCAUAGCCUUUUACCCAGUUGAUUGGAAUAGGAUAGGCGGAUUUUUUAAGAAACCAGAAAAUCAGGCAGAUUCCAGAUGGGUAAAAGCCAAGCUACUUCAGCUUAGUGGUGAGACUUAUGGGGUACAUUUAUGGAACAAGCAAAGCAGUAGAAUCAGAAUAGAAGGAGGAAGUGUCAUGGCAGAAUUAAUCUCUGAUCACUGUGUCAUCUGUACAAACAUUUGCAACUCUUGAAGAUUAUUGAAGGAAUGAAAUGCAGUAAGCUUCUUCAAGGAGAUGAUAAUUGAUAAACCUGUGAAAGUCAGAGCAAGAGUUGACAGGAGCCAAUGACUAAAAGAUGGGUAUACUCUGUUCUGUUGCUUGCUUGAAAGGAACCUUUAUAUAUAUAUAUAUAUAUAUGCGCAGCACUCAUUUCUUUCUUUCUGACAAUAUUUUAUAUUUUUCAUUUCUUGAUUCCAUUUUUCUUUCCCUUUUCAAUCUUUUUGGAUCUUUGAUACCCAUGUAAAUAUGGUCACUAUUUGAUGACAAAUUUCAUACAAGGAAUAAAGUAAAAUUGCAAAGAAGCUCAGUUAUCUUACA